CUGAAGUCCACCAUACUCUCACUCACUUACGUGCCCCUCUUUCUCCGUUCUCUCAAACACAACAAAACCAAUUUCAAAAUCCUCACCAAAAAAAAAAAAACGUAAUAACGUAACUGAAAAAAACACAACACACGCAGAAAGAAGUAACAAAAAAAAAAAAAAUAGCUUCUCCUCUUCUCAUUCUCUUCCUUCCUUUACUACUCUUCUUCAUCCACACUUUCAAAACCUCUUCCGAACCUGAAUCCAAACCAAAAUCCGAACCACAACGUGAACCAAUGGCUACAAUGGACUUAUUGAUCUCACUCAUUAACCGAAUUCAACGAGCAUGCACGCUCCUCGGCGACCACGGCGCCGACCAAACUUCUCGCUCUCUUUGGGAGUCUCUUCCCUCCGUCGCCGUCGUCGGCGGUCAGAGUUCUGGAAAAUCAUCGGUGUUAGAGAGUAUCGUCGGACGUGAUUUUCUUCCCCGUGGAUCAGGGAUUGUGACGCGGAGGCCUUUGGUACUGCAACUGCACAGAAUAGAGGAAGGUUUACAAGAGCAUGCAGAGUUUCUGCAUUUGCCAAAGAAACGGUUUACUAAUUUCUCUAUGGUUCGAAAGGAAAUUGAAGAUGAAACUAAUAGAAUGACUGGGAAAUCAAAUCAGAUAUCUCCUGUUCCUAUUCAUCUCAGCAUCUACUCACCAAAUGUUGUCAAUUUAACACUGGUAGAUCUGCCUGGUUUGACAAAGGUCGCUGUAGAGGGUCAGCCCGAAAGUAUUGUUCAAGACAUUGAAAGCUUGAUCCACUCAUAUGUUGAUAAGCCUAAUUGCUUAAUUUUGGCCAUCACUCCAGCAAAUCAAGAUGUAGCGACAUCUGAUGCCAUCAAAGUUUCCAGACAAGUUGACCCCGCAGGUGAACGAACAUUUGGUGUGUUGACAAAGAUUGAUUUGAUGGACAAAGGCACAAAUGCUUUGGAUGUCCUUGAGGGAAGAGCAUAUCGACUUCGUAUUCCUUGGGUGGGAAUUGUAAACCGUUCUCAGGAAGAUAUUAAUAGGAAUGUAGAUAUGAUUGCAGCUCGGAAAAGAGAGCGUGAAUUUUUUGCCACCAAUCCCGAUUACGCACACUUGGCCAGCAAAAUGGGCUCGGAAUAUCUAGCAAGGCUUCUCUCAAAGCAUUUAGAGUCUGUGAUAAGAGCUCGGAUUCCAGGGAUUGCAUCUUUCAUUAAUAGAAGCAUUAAUGACCUUGAAGCAGAGUUGUGUCACCUUGGUAGACCAGUUUCUAUAGAUGCUGGGGCCCAACUGUACACUAUUCUAGAAUUAUGCCGUGCUUUUGAUCGGGUGUUUAAGGAGCAUUUAGAUGGAGGGCGACCAGGUGGUGACAAAAUUUACAUAGUUUUCGAUUACCAGCUUCCUGCUGCAUUGAGAAAGAUUCCACUAGACCGUCAUUUAUCGUUGCAAAAUGUGAAAAAUGUUAUUUCUGAGGCAGAUGGAUACCAACCUCAUCUGAUCGCUCCCGAGCAAGGUUAUCGACGCCUCCUAGAGAGCUCACUCAAUUAUUUCAAAGGUCCCGCGCAAGCUUCUGUAGAUGCUGUUCAUUUUAUCUUGAAGGAACUUGUGAGAAAGUCAAUUGCCGAAACAGAGGAAUUGAAGCGCUUUCCAACUCUUCGAUCUGAAAUAGCAGUAGCAGCUAACGAGGCGUUAGAGAGAUUCCGUGAAGAUGGCAAGAAGACAACAUUAAGACUAGUGGAAAUGGAAUCUUCUUAUAUCACCGUUGAUUUCUUCCGUAAACUACCACUAGAAGUCGUCGACAAGGGAGGGAAUCAAGCUCCCGCCUCUGCUGAGGGACACUUCCAAAGGAUUGGUUCAAACGUUUUAUCUUAUGUUGGGAUGGUAUCUGAAACAUUGAGGAAUACCAUUCCAAAGGCUGUUGUUCAUUGUCAAGUUAGGGAAGCAAAGCGAUCUUUGCUAGAUCACUUUUACGCACUACUCGGCAAAAAAGAGGCAAUGCAACUCACGCGGUUGCUAGAUGAAGAUUCUGUGUUGUUGGAAAGGAGACAGCAAUGUGCCAAGAGACUAGAGUUGUAUAAGUCUGCAAGAGAUGAGAUUGAUGCAGUUUGUUGGUCUGGAUGAGAUGAAUACGAAGAAAAUUUUGGGAGGAUAAAAAUGACUGUGAUAUAAUGUAGGCUAUGUAGCUGAGCUUGAGACUAUUGGCCGUGACUGUUAUGUUAAUUGAUUUUUCAUGCUUAUUAACGGCCAACGUGAAAAAUGCAUAUUGGAAAAUCUUGGUUUUUUUACUGUUUCAUCAAAUGCCCAAAAGGAAAACUGAUCAACUUAUCGGUUGUCGAGUUUUCAAGUAAAUUUGUUUUACCUUAG